AUGGUAAGCAGUGAUGGAGAUUAUGAGAGUAGCGAGAGAGAAAUUAAUGAGACUAGAAGAUCUCAUACUCCUAGCAUAAGUUCACAGACAUAUGCAAUUCCUAUGAUUCAUGAUGAUUCAGAUGACGCUUCUUCUCUUCAUCAAUAUGAUGAGGACUCGACAAGUAGUAAUGAUUCUCAAAGUGAAUCAAGUGAUAAUGGUGCCGUACGAUCUAUUACACCGUUAGAUACACAAUCAUUUGAUGCAGCUGCUAGCACAACAUCAUUAGAUUUCAAUGAAGCCAGUACAGAUGAAUUUUUGCAUGAGACUUUGCCCAUCGCUAAAAAAUUAACCACCAUUGAUAAUGACAUUGAUAGUCCUCCUGCAAUGAUUGAUAUUUCUAAGUAUAUAUUUGAUUCUUUAACCCAUGCAAUUGAAGAAGUAGACUUUUCAGAAACUUUAGCCUUACAAACUAGAAUAUCAGGUACAAUAAAUUUUAAAAGUUUGGAACUAAAAGAUUUAAUAGAUAAGACACAAGAAAGGUUAUUAACUUUAAGGCAAAGGUAUGAAUCAGGUGUGGUAGUGUCUAAUAAGCUAAAAGAGAAUUUGGAUUACUCUAGGAAAAAAAUAGAUGAAAUAAAUAGUAUGUUAGGUACAGAAUAUCCAAUAGAGUACAACCAGGCAAGAGACAAAAUUUUAGAAAGGCAUUUUGAAGAAAAUCAAUGA